UUUCAGAUUUUUAUUAAUUAAAAUGGGACUUCUCAAACAAUUUCACAUAUUUUGUAUUUCUUUAUUUCUAGUGACAACUUUAAGGGCUGAAUGGAAUACAAAAGAUUUUCAGAAAAGAGAACACAGUCUCGUUAAACCUUACCAGGGUGCAGGGUUUGGUGUUCCGAACUGGGAUUUUCUAGGUAGUACAAUGGUCACAUCUAAUUAUGUCAGGUUAACACCAGACCAACGAAGUAAGCAAGGUGCACUUUGGAACAGCGUUCCUUGUAAAACUAGGAAUUGGGAACUCCAGGUUCAGUUCAAGGUUACAGGAACAACUAAGGACCUAUUUGGUGACGGGUUUGCUAUCUGGUAUGCUAAAGACAGGAUGGAAUAUGGACCCGUCUUUGGAAGCAAAGAUCUAUUCUCAGGUUUGGCUGUGAUAGUAGAUACAUACAGUAAUCAUAACGGACCACACAACCACAACCAUCCAUAUGUAUCUGCUAUGAUAAAUAAUGGAACUCUCAGCUAUGACCAUGACAGGGAUGGAACCCAUACUAUGCUGGGUGGCUGUGAGGUUAAGUUUAGAAACUUUCAGCACGAGACCUGGCUGGCCAUCAGGUAUGAGAAUGACAAGUUGACGGUUAGUCAUGACCUUCAUAAUAAGAAUGUCUGGGCGCCAUGCUUCUCUAUAGAGGGUGUUCUGCUACCAACCGGAUACUACUUUGGAGUUUCAGCGACUACUGGAGAUCUCUCAGACAAUCACGAUAUUAUUGCAAUAAAAACCUACGAGCUUGAUACUGCAGAUGGAAUCUCAAAGGAGGAGAGGGCGAAUAUUGAACCUCAUGCUCAAUAUUUUGAAUCUCCAAGAGAUCACAAGGCUGAUCCUGAACCUAGUUCAAUGAGUGGGAUGAAAACAUUCCUUCUCCUUCUUUUUGGAAUUCUCUGCUGCAUUGCUUGUGUUGUCAUCGGUGUCAUGAUUUAUCAAAACCAACAGGAAAACUCCAGAAAGAGAUUUUACUAAGUUUCUUCUUCUUUUCUCUGGAAAAAAAACUUUGAAGUGAAUGAAAUGAAUAUGUUUUAACACCUGAUGAAUCUAUUAGUGAUUUAGUCUGGAACACAUCUUGCACUUCUGACUGUUUUUUAUGAAAGAGACAUUGUUUUGUAAAUAUUAUUUUAAAACUCUAUUCCAUUUAUUAGAUUUUCUUAUCAGAAUAUUCUAAGGUUUCUGUAUUUCUUAACUGCACCCCAUCCUUUGCCUUUCCCAUUUUUUAAAGCAGACUUUUUAGGACAUAUAUAAAAUAUUCAAGCCUCCACGAGAAGUCUUAAACAGGCCAAAGUUUUUACUGGGGCAUCUGUGUAGUCAACAAUUUAAUUGGCAAUUGUAUAAGAUUUGUUAUCAAGUCGACAACUUGGAAUUAUGUUUACUUUUCUAUUGAGACUGAAGACAGUGUCUCUUGCAAUGAUUAUAGUUCUCAAAGAUAUCUUCGUUAUGUUUAGUGACCACUGUAAUUAUUAUUUACUAUUCAUUAAGAUCAUGAUUAUUUGUAUUCAAUCAAAAGUUUGAAUUUGCGGCCUGCACCGCUUUGAGUUUUUCCUCGCUAUUUGUAUUCAUCUGUGUCAUUUAGAAUUAUUACUCUCUGUGUGAUAAUCAACAGAAUUAAGCCAAGUAAAUGCACGCCUGAUUAAUUUUGAAAGGGGGUAUACACCUUAUUGUUAAAGUUAGGACAAGGAAAAUUUAAUACAAGUGCGCCCCGUUGUUUAGUUUAAAUGUUUUUUUUGUUUACAUCUAAUGUUUGCUUUGAUUUAAAUUUUCAAAAUUUGAAUCGAUUUUGUUUUGUUUAAGAUCCUAAGGUAUGUGUGACAGUGUGUGCUUUUCUAGUUUAAAUGUUUUUUUUCCACGCUCUCUGAAAUAAAAUUUUUGUAUUUA